AUGUACGAGGCCACGGCCGCCGACCACAAAAUGAAUGCCCCGAAGCACACGAUGAUCCCGCGAGGUCGAAGUUUGACCGACCCGGACCUUCUGCUGCAUAUUCAGAGCCCGUCAUGCUCUACGCCAAGCACUGUUCGCUCUGCUGCCCCUCUCCGACCUCGCAUCGAGACCUCCGACUUUGCGCUACCGCUCAUUCCUACGAUUCGCGCUGACAGCCCGAUGUCUACACACUCUCGAGAUCCGCGCAUGACGGAGGAUUUGGAGCCGCCGAGAUUAUGGAAGACGACGUCGCGAGGAUCGCAACCCAACUCUCCGAGCGUCACCUCUGCGUGUCCCAGCCCGACUCCGAGUGCUACGCCGUCAGCCUAUUCGGUCCGCUUAAAGACGUCGAGUGGCGGAGGCGAAGCCUCCGGGUCGCGCUUACAGCGCAAGAAGUCGAAUGCGUCCCUCCUGGUGAAGCGCGGCCUUACGCGGAUGGGUAGCGUCAUGAGCCGUAAGGGAGCUUCCGCAGGAGGGAGGGAGGGGUCAAGACAUGGGCAACAUAGCUCGACCAGCACUCCUCCACGUCGACGGUUACCUCGCAACAACAGCCUAACAUUGGACGAUCUGGUCGAAGAAUCCAACCCAAGCCCUUCACCAGGCUUGAUGCGGGUACAGAGUCCUAAUCAGCCGCUGCUUCCGUCCCAGAUCUGCCAGAGCCAGGUUGAGACUGGUGGAGUCAGCCGACCGUUCAAUGUUCAGCUGCAUGUGUCGGAGAAUCUGGAAGGACUGCCCAUGGAAUGGCUUGAUCAGCUCAAGGCGCAGGGCAUGUCGGAAUCGGAGCUGCUCCUCAUCGUUGCUGCUCACAAGAAGCAACGCUCGGUUCCAUUGCACCCCAUCAACCCCACAGGACGUCGGAAGCCAGUGCCUAAUUUCACAGUGGGCGAUGUGUCAGCGCCAACGCUGUCACGUUCACAACGGAAUCCUUCUGGAGCACUGGAAGACGCCCAGGGUGACGUAAACGUGAUUCUGCGGACACCGCCGAAGAAACAUGGACGACCUGGCCACGACAAGUCUGAGCCGAGUGAGACGCGCAAAGUUCCCAAGGAGAAGCCAUCUUUGACGAUUCAAGUGCCUCCGAGGGAACGCCCGAAAGUUCAGCUCGAGCAAGGCCACAUGAGUCCGCCCUCUCAGCGGGCACAUGGCGCAACGUUGGCGCCCGCUGCAUCCUCGUUGACUGUUGCUGGAUCCACACUGACGUGGCCCCGCGCUGCGUCCAGUGCAGCCCCAGCUCUGCGCAGUGUGCCUACCGUUACCACCGCACCUACCCCAGUGUCACCACCAAAAUCUGGCCCUGACCCAUCUCCUCAGCCACUGGAGGCCUCAGCACGGUCCCCGACCUCUGCCUCGCUUCCGCCCACACCGACCUCGACUUCUGCCAGUAGCAAAGCGGGCCGACGAUCGCGCGCUCUGAGCACUCAACUCCGGCGGUCCAGCAGUAUCAUUACAAAGCUGCUUACCGAGUUCGACACAGCUUCAUCCCGGCCAUCGCGCUCCAGCGGCCAGCAUCUGCAGCCGCACUCCAGGGGAGAUCAUGGUUCCGGAUCCGAUACCGAAGAGAAACGCAAAGGCGAGCAUGAGCGUGGUCCAUCGAAUGUCAGCGCCAAUUCAUUCCUAACGGUCGGCAGCGUUUCCUCAGCGGGCCGAAGAAUGUCCGACGAGAUUCGUGGCUUCCAAAACCUCAACAUUGACCUGACGGACGGCGAUGAAUGGGCCGCUUCGAUCCUCGCGGCAUGGGACGAGGAAGGUGGCACGGAAGAGCCGCCGGAAGGGACCGAAACGGCUGAGGUGGCGCCGGCACCGCUCCAGGAUGAAGGGGCUGACGCGCCGGAGGUCGACUACGUUCCUGAAGGGGCUGAAAUCAGGGUUGUGAGACCUCCGAUAACAAAACAGGCAUCUAUGAUUUCGCUAAGGGCUGUCAUGGAAGAGGCAGAGGAGCGGAAGGAGCGCCCGAGACCAAAGUCGGUCUCGUUGGACCGCGUUUAUUCGCCUCCGCCACCUCCGCGACCCUUGCGGGUUGCCUCACCGGUAAACAACCCUGCGCCACCAUCCGAGCCUCGGCUGGUCGUUCCGACAACGUCGAGCUCACGAUUGCGCUGCGUUUCGGUGGAUUCGUUCGGUGUUCAACGUCGACACUCGCAGACGCCCACCACAUCCCCGUCCUCUUCCGAGAUUGAUCUCAGCACGCCGCCCCUCGACGAGACCGCCACGGCGGUCAUUGCUCUGCCCAAGCCGAUGACGCAACCUCUCCGCCUCACCUCUCCCCGUGCAUCCCCGACACCGCCCCUACGGAUACUUCGCUCUCCCAAGUCGGCCUCCAUGAACCGAUCGAGUUCUGGCCAGAGCUUGAACGUCGGCGCCUAUCGAUCACGACCCUCGAGUCAGGCCAGCAAGCGCGACGUGCAUCUGUCACCUUCUGCGCUCUCGCUCAACCACGCUCGUCUCAGUUUGCAAGCCAAAUCAUCUGCCGAUUCCCCUUCGCUCUACUCCCCGCGUUCGUCCCGCCAUUAUUCGCCGAUUCGCUCAUCUUACUCGUCGCACCGCGCAUCCCUGCCUCGCCCUCCGCCAAGCCGUCCGCCACCUGACGUACCUCGUUCCAACACUGAAACCACAGAAGGCACGUCCUCCACCACCCCCGGCACCCAGGCGUUCCCUAGCACCGGAUCAUUCCUUCCGUUCAGUGAGGAAGAAGUCCACUCACCGGCAGAGGUGUCGGCCAACGAUCACAGACCUGAAACGUUCAGCCUGCCGACCAGCGCAGACAGUCUGACGCUCGAGUACACGCAGCACCAGCGAGGCCAGGAGCACGUCCGGGGCCAGGAAAGCAUUCAGAGCAUAGAGUCGCUCUUUGCUUCUUCCGGCGCUCUCGGCCUCGUCCUGAACCUUGAUGGUGUGAACAAUCGCCUGAGUGAGGGUGCUGCGUUGAGCCGAGUGUCGUCCUGCUCGUCGGCCAACUACUCGUACCAGCUGCACGAGGCAACAGUUCAGCGCGCGUACACGCGGGUACUGCGCCGCGCGCGAGAAAGUGUACACGAGCUGGGAGGCGAUGUCGACGAGGUGUCCAGCGAGAGCGCAUACGGCGACGACGUCUACAUCCCGCAAGACACCCUGAUCACGCCAGGCCACCGUUCGACGCCCAGCGGCCCGACGGGCGUAACACCGGUCGAUGUAGCCUUUGCGAACGCGCGCCUGAUCCGCGUGAACGAGCUCGACGACCCCGAGGAAGGCUACCAUACAGCCUACGCCUCGCCUCGCUUCGACACGAACCGCAUGAGCACCAUCUCGGGCUACUCGGGCAGCGUGUACCAUAGUGUGAGCAGUGCGACGGAUGCCGAUUUCCAGUCCGCUGGGCAGUCGACGCUCCCGCCCCUCCCCAUCUCCAGCCAUGUCAACCAUCCGAGCCCGCUCGGACAGCUGCCACCCCAGCCGCAACCCGUAUAA